CAAUAAUCUUCAUCUCUCCAUCGCUUCUGACUUGACACUCCCUCACACACUCUCUUUCCACUCACACCUCCUCUUCGCUGACAAUGGCCAUCCCCGCGCCCCUCCGUAAUCGCAAGGUCCUCGACAAGGUCGGGACAAUGCUCGCCGUCCGCGUCGCUGCGACCGCUGUGACCAAGCAGCUCGACAUCACCAACGCCGACACGAUCCGCUACGUCCGCGUCGUCUACCUUCUUAUCCAGCUCGCAUCGGUGGCUGUGUUCGUCUACGUCCUCAUGAAGGUCAACGCCAAGAACGACCGUACUGUGAUCAAGACCAAGCCAUCGCGCACCAUCGCACGGAUUAAGGCUAUCGUCCUGCGCGUGAUCACGGGCAAGCAAGUCGAGGACCCGCAGGCGCACGAGCUCCUCACGACUACGGUGUGGGAGCACGAUGCGCUGGCUGCCAAGGCGGCGAUCAAGGGUGUCGUGCGCAGCGUGGUGUUGAUGGGCGGCGUGGCGCUUUUGCUGGGAUGGAACAAGAUGCUCAUCGCACCGUGCAUUUCGCAGCCGGUCGCGACGUUCCGUCACGCGCUGUUCCAGCUGCACAUUCUCAACGAGAAGCCCGUUGGCGAUCUCGCGCGCGAGGCAACACCCGAGCAGCUCGCUGCGGCUGACAAGGCUGCCGCGGAGAAGGAGAAGGCGGCCAACGGUAACGGUCACGCGGCGGGAGACGACGAGCAGGUGAACGGCAUCGAUGAGAAGGCCGACGUGCUUGACGAGAAGGCGGCCAUCAAGAGCGACGUUCCCCUCAGCAAGGCAGUGGGAUCGAGUGAGAAGGCGCCUCUCGAGGCUGAUAUUGCUGGCGCUAUCGGCGAAGUCAUUGAGGCCAUUGCGGGUGCAGGCGCCGGAGGGCCUUGCUGCCACAACUGCUAGGCUGUAGAUCAUGUAUAGUAUAUCUCGGUGAGGUGAUGUUAGAAUACCAACAGAAG